AAUUCGAUCAGGGGUGGGAUUGUUAGUUAAAUAUUAUCGAGAAACAAACCUUUCUUACAAAAUCACAGAAAACCCAAACUCCAAGCAGCAGCUUGACAUAAAAUUUGAAAUUGAAAUCCCCAGCCCUCAAAACCCCCCUCUCAUUCCCACCCCCAAUUACACCGAUUUAAAUCUCUCUCCCUCCCUCCCUCUCUCUCUCGUUCGUGCAGAUAUAAUGGAGACGAUACUGAACGACUGUGUGCAGAACAGUCUCCGCCACUUCCUCUACCACAACGCUAUCUUCAUGUGUGAACGUCUCUGUGCCGAGUUCCCCUCCGAGACAAAUUCCCAACUGCUAGCAGCAUGUUACUUGCAAGGCAAUCAAGCGUACUCUGCGUAUCACAUUCUCAAGGGGACACAACAGGCACAAUCUAGAUAUUUGUUUGCCAUAUCAUGCUUUCAGAUGAAUCUGCUAAGUGAAGCUGAGACAGCACUGUGCCCUGCCAGCGAGCCUAGUUCAGAGGUCCCAAAUGGCGCAGCUGGUCAUUAUCUUCUUGGUCUCAUCUAUAGGUAUACUGAUAGAAUAAGAAGUGCAGUGAAUCACUUUAACCAAGCGUUAUCAAUUGACCCAUUAUUUUGGGCCGCAUAUGAAGAGCUUUGUAUUUUAGGUGCUGCUGAAGAGGGAACUGCAGUUUUCGGUGAAGCAGCUUCACUUUAUGUCCAAAAGCAGUACUCAGCUAAUGGAUUGGCUUCCCAGAGCAUGCUUGCAUCUACUGAAAACAAAAAUCUUGUUCCAGCUAAAAAUCUAAACUUGCAUGAUCCUAGUCCAAGACAAGUGAAGAGUAUGCAUGGUACUACUCUGAAAGAUAACUCUGCUAAUUAUCAUGGAACAACUUUGUCUGGAGGUGCUUCCAGUAAUUUCGUUAAUGGUGGUUUUGCCAAUAUGUCUUUCUGCAGUACUCCUUCACCAAUGGCUGCACAGAUUUCAGCUGUUGCUCCACCUCCUAUAUAUAGGAAUAUGCAAGGAAAUGGUCCAAACCCUAGCUUACUUGGUGCAGAUGGAUCCCCACGGUCAACUAUAAACUCUACAAUGCCAGCCCCUCGAAGAAAGUUUGUGGAUGAGGGGAAGUUAAGAAAGAUAUCAGGAAAGUUAUUUGAUUCUGGCCCAAGACGAAGCACUAGACUUGCCGGAGAAUUGGGACCCAGCACAGGAUCAAAUGCCACAUCAGUUACUGGAAAUGGAACCAGCCACUCCUCUAGGUAUCUUGGCGGCUCAAAGUUGAGCUCUGUUUCAUUUCGCUCUGUGACAUUUAGAAAGGGGCAAGCUCGGACUUCUGAAAAUUUUGAUGAAGGGGUUCAACAUGAGAGUUAUGAUGAUUCACAUCAAAGUAUGACGUCAACUACUACCUCAUCCCUUGCAUGUGAUACCAAAUCUCUUGAAGAAGGGAUCUUAAUGGCCACAGGGGGGGCUAUUAUGAGUGAGUCACAAGCAAUAACCGGCGCUUCAGAAUUAGUAACGCUCUUGGCAAUUCUUGGGGAGGGGUAUAGACUUUCGUGCAUGUAUAGUUGUCAGGAUGCACUGGAUGUUUAUCUGAAACUUCCGCACAAGCAUUAUAAUACUGGCUGGGUACUCUCUCAGGUCGGAAAAGCGCAUUUUGAGUUGGUUGAAUAUCUGGAAGCUGAUCGUGCAUUUAGUCAAGCUCGCCUGAUCUCUCCGUAUAGUUUGGAAGAAAUGGAUAUUUAUUCUACAGUUUUGUAUCAUUUAAAAGAGGACAUGAAAUUAAGCUACUUGGCUCAGGAGUUGGUAUCAACUGAUCGCUUAGCUCCACAGUCGUGGGUUGCUAUGGGGAACUGUUAUAGCUUACAGAAAGAUCAUGAAACUGCUCUUAAGAAUUUUCAACGAGCUGUUCAGCUGAACCCAAGAUUCGCAUAUGCUCACACCCUUUGCGGUCAUGAAUAUGUGGCCCUAGAGGAUUUUGAGAAUGGAAUCAAGAGUUACCAAAGUGCUCUGCGAAUUGAUGAAAGACAUUACAAUGCCUGGUAUGGUCUAGGUAUGAUCUACCUUCGUCAGGAGAAGUUUGAGUUUGCAGAGCAUCACUUCCGAAAGGCUUUCAUUAUCAAUUCACGUUCUUCUGUUAUUAUGUCUUAUCUUGGGACUGCUUUGCAUACCUUAAAGAGAAGUGUUGAAGGUUUAGUAAUGAUGGAGAAAGCAAUUUUAGCAGAUAGGAAGAAUCCUCUUCCCAUGUAUCAGAAGGCUAAUAUACUUGCAAGUAUGGAAAAUUUUGAUGGAGCUCUUGAAGUCCUAGAGGAGCUGAAAGAUUAUGCCCCUCGUGAAAGUAGUGUGUAUGCUUUAAUGGGUAAGAUAUAUAAAAGAUGCAAAAUGCAUGACAAAGCCAUGCUUCAUUUUGGACUAGCGUUGGAUUUGAAACCAUCUGCAACAGAUGUCGCGACCAUCAAGGCUGCUAUAGAGAAGUUGCAUGUACCAGACGAGUUAGACGACACCUUGUGAGUUGUGAGUUCAUAUGGUAUUCAAGUGCAGGAGAGAUAGUGUUGUAAAUUAUCGGCAUGAUAAAUUAGCCCCAAGAGGUUUGGCCUGCUAGUGCUUUCGACUAAGUGAUAGAUAAGUUACCAACAUGAUUCAGGCUUUUCUUUGUACAAGUAAACGAGUAGGAAAAUCCAGUUAAGUGUAUGUGGGCACUUGUACUUUAUUCAAUGAAGUAGCAUAGGUAGAAGUUAUUAGUCAAAUUAAGCAUUGUUGUAACAGAAAUAUAUUGUAUUAAUGUCAGAAUAACUUGUAUCAAUAAUAUAUGCUGGCAGCAUUUUAGAA